AUGAUCACGGACUGUAACCUAGCGGCUGUAUCUCGUACUAAAGCUCAUGGAAGGUUCCGUGAAAUGAAAGAAGAGCAGGCGAUGAUGCUAUACGGUUUUGAGAAUACCACACCACGACUGGGUGAGGCAAGUAUUGUUAGAAAGGAGAAGAACCUGCAUUCAGCGAAAUUCCUCACUGCAGCAGCCGAGUUCGAACAUGUCACACUCACCACUGGUUUGAGUCAUUCUGGAGAGAUGCUCGGAGUUCAGAGCUCGUCUAAGACGCCUAACACCGCAAGUGUUGCAGCAAAACUCCAUGAGAUGUCUUUGGAACAUGCAACCAGUGUAAUCUACCUGCAAAAGAUGCCCGGAAUCCAGGAUCAGAUCGCUGACGUAGUUGUCAAGGAUAAGCAUGUCAGAGGAGAAUUCCUGAGAACACGAGCAGCUUCGGACAGUGCGGUGACUUCUUAUCUUGCAAUCAAGAAGGAAACAUCACUACCCUCAAUGAUGGAUGUCCAGAAGUAUCUUGCGACAGCCAACACAACUUCAUCGGCGAUGCGAGCCUGGGCAUCUGAGACUCACGUCAUCAGCUCGACAUUAAUGCUCAACAAAGGAGCCAACCUUGAGACGGCCGCCGUCAAAAUUCGCGAUCGCCAUCGACAGGAAGCCAUGACACAUGUAGCCGAAUAUGGUCAAGCACAGGAGCACUGCGCUGUGAUGCUGAAGAACACCGGAGGAGCACAUGGAACAACAUCGGCCGCAUUGGCAGAAGCGGUCACAGGUGGGUUUGUAGACCUAGACACUCGUACGACAACAAAAAGCUUCCACCUCACCAAUUAUAAAACAAUGCUUCCCCCACGGGGUGAAGCAUAUGUAGCGUGGCCACAAGCCACACUUAGAUCCGCCUCCUUCCAUCUCUCAAAGCUUUCUGAGCACCAUAAAUUACGUGAUGAAAAUUUCCAUCAAGAUUUACGUAUACGUCGAAAAGAUGCCGCCUCCGAGGUGACUGUGUACUUCCUGUACAAACAAGUGCUUGGCAAUUACGCUAUGGCAGCCCUUGGUCUGUAUCUUGGCGAUCGUAUACGGAAAGUACGUGAAGAGCAUCUCACAAAGGAGGUGCUCCAUACCUCAGAAAAGCUUUUCCAAUCCGAGAGCCAUCAAGCCGAGUACACGGACGAGUUCGAGCGUAGAGAAGCAAGCCGACAUCUCGUUACAGACCUGAUACACGGCACAGAGGAAGUAGAAAAACACCACAAAGAAACAAUGACGAUACAAGAACAACAACAGCAAUUACAAAUUCAAACAGGCAAAUUAACAAAACCACCUGCACAAUACGCAACCGCAACAGCAAUCGCAAGAGAGCAGCAAAUCACGCAGGCACAGGCUUCAAUGCAGGAAAGCAAAUUCGUGGAGGAGACAAGAAUAUUCAGUAGAGCGAGCAUGCAAGAGGAGCACGUUGAUGCUGAUCGUCUGAUAGAGCAAAUACAUACAGAGCGUGCCAGUGUGAGGACUAAAGGGUCCACUGAAGAACAUGUGGGUAUAAGUGUUCUCCAUUUGGAGUUGCGAGACUCUACUGAUCACUCUCAGCUGAUCAGGCCAGUAGUAGGCGAGCUGGCAGCCUCUCGGCAAGUCAAAGAGGUCGCCGACGAGUCAGCGGUUGGUUUCUGGGCCACCUCCGACCAAGACAUCCAGGUGGAAGGUCGACUGCUGCAGAAAAGUGCCUCGUCGCAUUCCAUUGAAAGACGGGUUGAUGCUGUUUCUGAGAAAGAAACCACUACUGAAGCAUCUUUAGAAUGGCAACCGAGCCAGCUUGUACAGGGAGUUCUGAGAGAGAAAAAGGAAGAAAUGGUCAAGGCAGACUUCGGAGUUGAAAGUGAAGUUGAACAAGCGAGUCUCGCGCGGAAAUCGGAAAUGGCACACGACUACAUUACGCUGUCAGACGUUGAAACUGAGACCGUGAGAUCUAGAGCUUUCGAAUUCGGGCAAGAAAAACGUAGCCUUCAGGGUAUGUUUGGAAAGCUCACACCUAAACCAGAAUUUGCAGAGGAGGUUGAGAUCGAGCGCAUCGCGAGUGUAACUCUUCAAGAAGAAUUGUUAACAAAUGCAAGCAAGGAAAGUGCUACUGAGAAAGAAUUGAGGCUGCGAAGAGGCGACUCUGAAGCAGACGUCAUUGCAAUCAGCAGCGCUCCUCAGAAACACUCAACAUUGUUCACUGUUGAUGCUUCGAAAGAGGAAUCAUACAGCAUGACAGAAGAUCUGGUGUCCCGUAAGCCUCACGCUGAAUCGAGCCAAGUGCUCGUAAAGGGCAGAUCUGAGGAGUCCGCCCAUAUGCAAUCGACUGCUACUUCUGAAAUGGAAGCUUUUGGCUUCUGGGACUCGAAUGUCCCAGCAGAAGGCGUUUCGCGAACACUGCGCACGAAGUCCUAUGAAUCCUUAGUGUUAACCAAGGAAAUGCGAGGAUCCACUGAAAUAGAUACCCAGCUAUCUUCCGAACUGGUAAAGGAGGCAAAAGAGGACAAAGCAGUGAAGUGGAAACAAGCACAAAGUGCUUCCGUGGACAGGGCCUUUGGAAUUGCUACACAGAGUGAUGAAUUCCUAAUAAGCAAGGCAAUGAAAUCUGCUGGAAGUACAGGCACUCUACAAGAGCGGCUUUUCGCGAAACAGAAGCAAAUACUCAGGCAAUACAGCGAUGAAAGCGCUCUGCUAUUUGGUUCAUUAGGUUCAUUAACUCCUCGCACACCUGAAUCCGAACAGAUAUCCACGUCACUCAGUGACAUACCCGUACUGCGAGGCGAUGCCUCUAUAAUGGCAUCUUCGGAUGAAAUCAUACAAACUACUGGAAAAAUGAAGCGCGAUGAUAGCUCGGAGUCAGCUGAACUAGCUAAGAAGGUUAGUGCUUUUCAGAGCACCUCACUGAGUACUGACUUUAGCAGAGAAUCAAGUACUGCUUUGAAUACAACCUAUUGCUCAGAAUCCCAGCAUAAAGCUUCCACUCAGGCCGUUCUUGCUAUGGCAGUCAAAGAUGUGAUAUCACUCAUGUCUCCUGAAAGCACAGAAGAAUUUGUAAGUGCUUUAUGGAAAACAGGUGAGGAAGGCGAGGGUGCAGCGUCUGCUCAAAUGGGAAUGAAAACGGCUGUCGCACUGAGCAGAAGUAUUUCAGCGGCUGGCCAUUCCUUCACUGAUUUCGAAGAUGAAUUUAGACGGGAAGUGUUCGCAGAUGGAAUCGUUACUCUAAAAGAGACUCCAAUAGAUGAAACAAGUAGAGUUUUCCACAUGUCUACGCAGGACAGCCAUGUCUCUUUUUCGAGCGCUCCAAAAUGCUUGGAAAGCUCUAGAGUACUUCCAACCACAUCGACGGAUACCUCUGCGGCCAAACUUCGAGAGUAUGGUCGUGCAGACACUGGUCUGAGAAGUGUCCUUGGCACACUGUCGGCUCCACCACAUCCACACGAAGAGGCUGAAACCAUCUUGCUGACUAAGGAAGCAACGCUGCUCCGACUAGGCUUAAAAGCCAGCUCAGAGCAUGUUGCAGAACUCCUCAAGUUGCUGACCAAACACGAGCAAUUGGCUGAAAUAAGUUUAAUCAAAACUAUUGUCUUGGAGGAAAGGGAUAGGCUCAGUGUCGGCGCUGCUAGUUUUCUUAGUGAAGCUAUUACAUUAGCUCUAGAAAAGCCUUCAGAAUCUGGCAACAUCGGAGCGAUCAUUGCUGCCAGACUCCAGGAGGAGACUACAGCGUUCAUGCACUAUGCAACGGAAGAAUCUGUGAGUGGUGUGUGGAGAAGCGUGAGUGAUGCUGGAGAAGCUCAUUCACAAUGGCCUGAGCAUAUCAUAGCAACAGCAGAAAAGAAAGCGAGAGCGCCGGAACUCACGUCAUCAUUUUUGGAAACAGCAUUAGAUAUGAAUCAAGAAGAGGCCGCAUCUCACUGUAAAAAACUGACAUUGACAGAAUCAGUUCAGCGCCUAUUCUACAUAGAAUUGGAGAAAGCGCUAUCCGAAAUUUCUCGUAAAGAAGCGUCGGAAGCAGGAAAAGCAACGAUAUCAACAUCAAGAAUGGAACAUAUCACCGGAUCAGCAAAAGAAUACGAUCAGGUAGAAACGUUUACUCAAGCAGUUGUCGGAACUAUACAACAGCCAAAAGAAGGCCGAGAUACUGCGGAAACGACGCGACACAGAUUUUCGUUAAUCCAAACACUUUACGCAACCAAGGCCACAAAGGAGGAACACGCUGAGCUGCUCAAAACGUUAGAACACUACGAGGAACAUGAGUCCAUCGGAAGAAUUCUAGAGGCGCUGAGGACGGAAAAGCUCAAGUUCAGCACUUUCUCAACUCGUACCCUUCUUAAAGCGGUCGAGCAGGAGUGGCGCAGAGCGCCUGAAUCAGGGGAGGUCAGUCAAAAUGUAGCCGACGCCGUACGAACAGUUCUCUCUUUAGCAAUAAAAGAAGUCGUCGAUGAGAAUGCGUUUGCAAUCAUCAGAAGCUCUAGAACCACAUCGGAGGCUACGUUAGUGCUAACCUUGACAUCUGUUGAAUCAUUAGUAGCUAAUGUUCACGCUGCUUCAGAGCUUAGUGAACAGCUAUCAUCACACUUCCUGCGUCCGAUGAGUGAGUUUGGAAGGAGCACCACUAUUCCUCUUCAAACGAGGGAUGCAAAUGAACGGAAGUUCACAGUCGAGGAACAGACAGUAACUCAAGAGCUUGGCUUGACUCCACAAAGAGAAGGAGGACUGUCGAGGACAUUCCCAAAAACAUCUGUAGAAAAAACCACAUAUGCAGCUCGAGAGUACGCUCAGGAACACGCCGAAGUGGUAGGUGAACUGAGUGUGGUUGAGCAGCCAGUAGAACAGCAGCAAGAAAUCGAAUCAGUUGGACAGAAAUUCGAAUGCUUAAAGCUGUUGCGCAGCAUAAAAGCUACCACACAGGAGCAAACUGAGCUCGUAAAACUACUGAACAAAUAUCAAGACGACGAGAACGUGGCUGCCAUAAAACAAGAAAUCAUUUCCGGGGAAGCAAAGUUCAGUGGAAUUGCCACGAAGCAGAUAGCCACAUCAAUAGAACAAGAAGUGAGCAGAUCUUCUGAAGCCGAAAAUGUCAGUGCUAAGGUCGCUGAUGCUCUUCGCUCUGGCAUUAUUAAAACUUUAAAAGAGAUGGCUGAUGAGAGUACCUUCACCAUAAUCCGAACUAGAGAGGCUGCUUCAACUUCAACAAUGGCUUUGGUUCUUUCGCUGCUUGAAUCUGCCGAUGCAAAGGUUCGAUCGCCGACGCAGGAGACCGUGUCAAAAGACACCGUUUUGGCGAGAGAAUCAACAGCAUAUGGCUCUACGCUACUUCCGCUUCAAUCAAUGUCCACAGCAGACCGAAGGUUUGUUAUAAGCGCAGAAGUGCUUUAUACGGUUUUGCAACAAUUACCUCAGAGAGAAGCAAUAGGUGGAGAUCUUCGAGACGCUACUGUAGUUCGAGCUGCAAGCCUAGUUCAUGAACAAGGAACGGAAUAUGCGGAUGUAAGCGCUUCACUUCAGCUACUGCCGCAACCUUCACAAAAACAUGAAGAAACAGGAACCACGCCGGAACUGUCAAGGCGGCUCAGGCUCGUUUACAGUACACAGUCCUCCGCUGAAGAACACGCGGAGUUAGUGGAAUUGCUAAGCAAAUUCAGAACUGAUGCCGAAGUUUCCAAAAUCUUCGAGGAUUUGGCAUCGGAAAAGGUCAAGCUGAGCAAAUUAACAACGCAGUCAAUUAUUGGAUCAAUUAAAGAGCUUCAAAGGCAAUCCGAGAUUGGAGGAGCUGAAUGUACAGUUAGUGAAGCGAUUCGCAAUGUCAUUUCAAAAGCUGUGAAGGAAGUCGCUCAGGAAACUGCUUUCGCAAUAGUGCAAUGCAUAGAAACAAAUUCGACGGCAGCUUUAGCCAAGGCAGUAACUGUUUCAGAGUCUAUGAUAAGCCAUCUUCGUGCAGUUGAGCAAGCCGAAGUGUGUACCACUUCCGAAUUAAGCAGAAGUCUUUCCAGUGCACAAGUAUCUGUUGUGCCAGAAGACCAUCGUGUCUACAUUGCAGAGCGAUUUGGCAUUAGUAUGGGCUCUAUAUCAACUGCAUUAGAACGUCAAGGUUUCCAGCAAGAAUUUUCAGGCACGCUGUGGGAGAAACAAGAAUCAAAGGCAAGCGCCCAUAUGCAAGAAUUUGGACAGGAAGAAGUAGAAGUGAUGGGAGAGCUCAUGGUUCUGGAAAAACGGCCUGAACAGCAAGAUGAAGUUGAGCUAGCUAGAAAGCAACACAGUUAUCUGCAAUUCCUUCACACUGUGAAAGCCACAUCGGAGGAGAACUUAGAUCUCGUUAAGUUAUUGAGCAAAUACGACGAUGAUGAAGAUGUGGCUAUUGUCAUCAAGGAUCUACUGUCGGGAAGAAUAACCUUUAGUGGCAUUGCAACUAGGACUAUCAGCACUGCUGUUGAGAAAGAGGUUGAACGUUCUUCGGAGUCCCUCGAUAUAAGCCGACGUGUUUCGGAAGUUCUCCGCUCUGCAAUUUCAAAAUCUGUGAAAGAAGUUGUGGAAGAGAGCGCGUUCACUAUCCUGCAAACCCAGAAUAUUGUGUCGACUGCACAGCUAGCAUUGGUUUUAUCAUCUCUUGAAUCAGAAGCGGCGAGAAUACACGCUCCAACGGAAGAAGUUACCUCCACUGACCUUGAUUUCAUCCGGGAGGCUGCCAUCUCCCGAGUGGGAACGUUCCCCAUACAUGGAACGUCGUCAGUAGAGCAAAGAAUCGCCAUCAAUACACAAGUAUUGAUGUCUGCUCUUGAGAAUAUAUAUCAUCAAUGUACAACAACUCAGGUGUUUCCCUUGAACGUUGCAGAAAGCGCGAGCAGCAAAGCUCGUGAAAAGACAAAUGAAUCAGUUGAAGCCAGCGUAUCUGCGCAGCUGCUAGAACGAUCAAUCACCCGAGAUGAGGAGGCUGAAGUCACUCCUGGAACUUCAAGACGGCUUUACUUCACCCAUAGUAUAAAAUCGUCCACCGAGGAGCGGAUGGAGUUACUGGAAAUGCUGCGAAAAUUCCAAACUGACGCUGAAGUCUCUAAAAUCAUGAACGAGAUGAUCUCAGAAAAAAUCGAAUUUAGCAGUUCAACUGUUCAAUCGAUAAUUCAUGUUAUCAAAGAGCUUCAAAAAAUGCCAGAGUUCUCAGGUACCGAACGUGCCGUUGUCGGUACACUUCGAGAUGUCAUCUCAAAAGCAAUUAAGGAGAGUGUUCAUGAAACGUCUUACACUAUAUUGCGAACAAUGGAAAAUACCCGCACAGCAAAACUAGCUAUGGCGCUGAGCGCUUGUGAAACUGCUAUACGCCAUUUACGUGCUGUCGAGCAAAAUGAAACAACCAUCACGUCAGAAUUAAGCAGAACUCUCUCCGAAGUCCAAGCAUCUGUUUUGCCUGAAGAACAUCGUGCUUAUGUUGAAGAGAGAUUUGGUAUCAGUGCGCAGCUUUUAUCAACAGCGUUGACGGGUCAAGAUGCUCGCCAAUCGUCCAUGGCAACUCUCCAAGAGAAACAGGAAAUCAAGACGAGUGUUCAAAUGAAAGAGUAUGGGCGUGAACAAACAGGACUAACGGGGAACAUCACGGUUGUAGAAAAACCACAGCAUGCUCAAAAACAUGCUGAGAUCAUCACAGAGCAGCCGCGUUACCUUCAAAUACUUCACAGCGUGAGAGCCACAUCUGAGGAAACAUCGAGUCUUGUAAAAUUACUCAAGAAAUAUGAGGAUGACGAAGAUGUGGCUACGGUGCUUCGAGAUCUUGUUUCGGGAAGAGUCGUUCUCAGCGGAAUGGCCACCAAAACCAUCAUUGCCACUGUGGAACAGGAGAUAAACCGCUCUUCACAAUCGUCUGAUAUUAGCCGCAGGGUAGCGGGAGCACUCCGCGCCGCAAUCUCCGCAGUUGUGAGGGAAAUCGCGGAAGAGCAUGCGUUUACAAUUUUGCGAACAAAGGAUGUUAUAUCGACUGCACAGCUAACAAUGGCCAUAACUGCGUUGGAAUCAGAACGAGCAAAUGUUCAAUAUACAGCAGAAUCAGACAUCUCUACUGAUCUUGACCUCACACAGAGGCCACGCAGUUCUCUAUCAGCAACACUCCCUGUUCGUGGACGUUCAAGGACAGAGCGACAGUUUGCAAUUAGUACUCAGGUUUUGACAUCUGUUCUAGAGAACCUAUACCAAGAAGACACUACUUCUCAGAGUAUUCCUAUGAGCUAUGGAAUUGGGUCUGAUAUAACAGCUCGUGAAAGAGAUAGCAAAGCUGUAGAGGUUCGAGUAUUUGCAGGAAGCAUUCCGCGACCUCCUCCGGGAGAUCAGGAAGUCGAAGUCACCGCUGCUGUCUCGAGACGGCUUCGCUUUACUUACAAUCUUAGUCAAUUUACCGAAGAGAAAAAGGAGCUGGUAGAACUGUUGAGCAAGUACCAGGAUAAUGCUGAAAUCGCCGCAAUCAUCAGUGAUCUGAGUUCAGAGAAGAUUGCGUUAAGCAGUCCAGUGACUCUUUCAAUAAUACAAGCGAUUAAAGACCUCGAAAAGUCAGCUGAAACUGAGGCUACGGAUUAUAUGGUCCAGGCGAUCCACAAUGUGGUUUCAGAAGCUAUCAAGGAAAGUGUUCACGAGAGUGUUCUGACUAUUGUGCAGUCAGUAGAAAGGAGUUCCGCAGCUAAACUGGCUUUAGCACUGAGCAACACAGAAACACUCAUAAGUCGAUUGCGUGCUAUAGAGCGAAAUGAGGUUUCUUUGGUCACUGAAUUGACCAAAUGUGUCGGUCACGCGCACGAAGUAGUAAUGCCGGAGGAACAUCGGACAUACAUACAGGAGCGGUUCGGCAUAAGUUUGGCAGCACGAGAACCAUCUCCAAGUGAAGUGGAGAAGGCUAUUCUCAGCGAAACGCAAUUUCUACAUAGUAGAAGAGCAACUGCGGAAGAGACAUCGCGAUUGAGGAGUUUACUUCUUCAGUUUACUGAUCAUUCUGAUAUAGCCAAGAUAGUUCAUUUCCUCUCUGAAGAAAAUGUGCAGUUCAGUGAGAAACUUACACGAGACAUGGUCGGCAGUAUUGAGGAGAUAUUAUCGGAAUCAGCUGCCGAAAAUAUAACUGCGUCAAUUGCAGCGCGGAUCCGCAUGAUUUUGAACGAUGCCAUCAGAGAGCUGACUGACGAAACAACGUUCCAGUCGUUCCACUCUACCGCGAGACCUGUCUCGAUCACCACUCUGCUGGUGACAGUGCACUCAUUGGAGUCAGUACUUGGAAGGAUAUCUGAAACCUGUUCUGAACAGGUUUCUGUUGCUGCAGGCGGUCUUAUUCCACCUAAAGACAUUGCUGAGAGCCAUAUAAUCCUAGAGGAACGACGACUGUUGCAACUCUUACAUCUGGUGAAGGCAUCAGAAGAGGAGAGAGUACAUCUCAUCGAAUCUUUAAUCAGAUAUCAGCAUCACGCGGAAAUUAAUGAGGUGCUUAAGAUUAUUGAGCUCUUCAAUGUUGAAAUGAGCCAACGCAUAACUUCACAGAUCAUUUCUACAUUAGAUCUAAAGCUAUCUUCCACCGCAGAAAAUGUUAUUGGAAAUGUUGUCGAUAAUCUACGAGCUGUGCUGACUGAAAGUAUCCGAGAAAUCUGUGAAGAGACAGCCUUCAGUAUGUGGCGCACUGUUGAGCCCACAGCAUCUCUCAGUACACUUCUUAUAACACUUAUCUCACUGGAGCAGGUCAUUGCAAAUGUUGUCGCUCCUAUGUAUUCUACAACAUCUACCACUUCAGCGCAUGAGAGGCAAAUAUCAGAGGACACGACCGUGGUAGUUCCUGAGUCCAUCAGGGCUACUACUUGCCGCAAAUAUGAAGCUGAUUCGCUUGAAGGUUCAUUUGUCUUGAAACGCGGCGAGCAUUCGGAAUAUUCAGUAAUAAAAAGGUCAGCUACCGAAAGUGGUGCUACCACAACCACUGUUGGGGAGAUAAGACAUGAGUCUUGUCAAGCUGAAGUUGGCCUGGGCAUACUCAAUCGUCCACCUCUUCGCAGUGAAGAAAUCACAACCAUAUGCAGAAAGCAGAGAGAAAUUCUUCUACGAAGCACUCUUAGAGCCACAACAGAGGAGCAGGAACAGUUACUGGAAUCAAUUGAACGUACCGGUGCUGUGGAGACAGCCAGCCAGAUCAGGAAUGUAUUGAGGUCCCUUUCCACCAACAUCAGUUCUACUGUCUCACGUGACAUAAGCACCACCUUAAACGCGAACUUGCGUCAUCCUGAGGAUGAUAUCAAGACAGAACGGCAACUCGGGGAAAAAGUCAAGGAAACUUUGACCAGGUGUUUGCGAGAGCUCACUGAUGAAACGAUGUAUUCAUUAUGGGGAACAAUAACAGCUCUAGAGACUGUGACUCUGGUGAAUUCACUAGUUCUCUUGGAACGAGUGGCACUCGACGCAUUCUAUGCUACUUGUAUAAGAGCUGAGACAUCAGAAGUGUUCGAAAGAGAAGGCCAGCAUUACAGCGAAACAACUUCUUUGGUCCAGAGGCUCAAAGAAACGGUGAAAAUGUUGUUGAGCGACCAAAAAACGCAUUGUGAAUCAGAACUCAGGGCCUCGAGAGUUACGGUCGACACUUCGGCUACUCUUCCCAGCAGUACAAAAUUGGAGGUACUACAAAAAGCGAAAGAAUUUAGAGGAGAGGAUAUUCGAAUAGAUGCGGCCUGUGGACGCCUUGAGAGUCCCUCUGACUGCAGUGAUUUUGUUUCGACAACCAUUGCUUCGCAGAGGAAGGUUUAUAUAGACUCUACAGCAACAGGGACAUCUUUGAAAGAAGCACAGUUAAGUGCUGAUCUGUCAUCAUCCGGUAGCGCAGAAAUGUCCGCAACAAGGAAAGCAGUUAAUUUGAAAGAAAAAGUGUCGCUAGAUGGUCAGGCUACGAAGGACAUUCAAGUAGCAGCAGAUAUCUUGAUCGGGAUUCCUGAGGUAGACACGGGUGUAAUUUAUAGCGUAAAAGAUAAGGUAACUGUAAGCGAAGAAAUUACUGCCGCGCCAGCAACAGAACGAGUCAUUUUUGGAACAUGGCAAUCAAUGCAGACACAAGCCUUCGCCGAAAUUCUUCUAGGGGAAUUGUGUAAAGAACUAGAGCAAAUACAAAGCGCAGUACAAGCAAGCAAAGUCACUACAAUGGAAAUCGAGCAAAGUUUAUCAAAUGUACAAGAGCAAAAUGUAGAAGAGCAUCUGGCAACGCCGCAAAAGCAAAUCGACAGCAAGAAAUUCAAUAUAGUAAGCCAGACGCAAACCCUUCACCUUGAAAAAUCACCUCAUAUCGCCAGUGAUUUCGCAAAUAUUCCAGAGGCAUCGAAAUCAACAACGAUAGCACAAACACGCGAGUUCGGCUCAGAAGACGUCAACGUAAAAAGUAUUCAUGGAUACAUCCAACCGAAGCCAGAAGAAGCAGCUGCUGUGGAGUCGCUAGUCAAGGAAAGCCGAGUACUGGCUAAUGCAGCCACGGUCUCUGCAACUACAGAAGAGUCGACCGAACAUGAGGCGACGCUUAAUCGAACAAGUCUGCUGGAAAAGACGCAGAUCACAUCGGUCACGAAUGUUAUUGACAGUUCAUCACUAGAGGCUUAUGCGUCACGAGAAGAAGAAAUGUUGGAAGCUAUGACAUUAGCAAAAAUCGAGCAAAAAAGCCACGUAGAACGAGUCGAUACAGAGAAGUCGAAAUUGGAAGCGGCUAAAACUGUGGCAGAGACCCAAGAUGAGGCUCUUUAUGGAUUAUGGAGAACAUUGGACGAGAACAACGUGAUGGCAUCAGCUUUCGUAGGCGUACCAACGCGAGAACAGUUACAGAAGUCGGUUCAUGCAGCAGCAGAAGAGCACAUUACAACAUCAAGUCAAUUCUGUGAUACGGAAUCCGCCGAUAUCUCCACGGUAGUUAAACUCCAAAGAAGCGAUUCAGCUGGUCGAGCAUUCGCAAUUGAAAAACAGCAGUGCGAAUCCACUCUACAUAGUUGUGAAAGUACGGCCUCCAGUUCGUCCCUUUUGACCGAGGUGCUGAGAACCUCUGAAAAAGCGGCUGUUCGCGAGUUCGGAGCUGCUGAAGUUGAUGUUGGCGGUGCUGUUGGCUACUUAACCCCUAGAAAAGCGGACAUCGCUGAAACUUCUAUGGAACUCGCAGAUAAACGUCGUCUACAUGCAAUCAAAACAAUGGCGGCAAGCAGUGACUUGAGCGUGGAAGGAUCGGAGACAAUCAGUCGCAGUCAAGCUGUCGAAACCGUAUUUGACCGGAAGAUACUUUCGAAUCAAGCUCAAACAUCGCUAUCUGCUGCCGCCUCUUCGCAAGAAAUUUCUCAGACUGAAUUCAAACGAUCAAAGGGAAGUGCUUCCUACGGAGUUGGGAAGUCACUACCAGAUACCAGGAAGGAAAGGGUUACAAUCUCUGGCAGUGAAACCACGGAGAGCUCGGUUUUUGGCAUAUGGGACUCUACCAUCGAGAUGGCUACCUCCCAGAAAAUCCUCCGUGGCAAAAGUUUGGAAUCAACAGAUAUGGAAUUCUUCACAGAGGCGAGCCGUGAGGAAACAAUAAAAACAGACGUGGAGUUCAAAACUGAACCCCGUCAUAUUACAACAUCCCUUCUACCGGAAACACAGAAAGAGGGCGAUUCGAGAUUAUUCACAAUCGAAAACCAACAGUUCACAACAAGUUAUCAAAGAUAUCCCGAAGGCGGAGUGGCUUCCAAGACCGAAAAGGAUAUCAGAGCGAUUUCCACGAGAGGAACUGCUCGGGAAUACGGCAUGGAACAGGCUGAAAUGGCUGCUUCAGUGGGUUUCAUUGAACCACGGAAGGAGGAGUUUGAUGGCGCAUCCGCCAAAUUCGAUACUGGAAGAAAAUUGGAGGUGGUGCAGAAGAUGAAGGCAUCCGAAGAUGUUACUGUGGAGGGAUCAUUAAGCUUAUGGAAAACUGAACCUACAGUGGACUCCGCCAGAACUAUCCAAGAGAUCCUCAUGGAAAGAGAGGAAAAGGCAACACGUUCAGCUGCACUCUUUUCAACGGACAAAGCCGUGAGUAUGUCUUUGGACAGCCAAGUUGGCGCAGCCGACAUCCACAUCAAAGAAAAAACUAAGCAGUCAUCGGAAGUAAGAAUGCGCGAGAGCAGCGUACAGGGAGUGCAAGGGCUGUGGUAUACUGCUCCCGGGGCCGAGACUUCGAUUACCCUAAAGGCAAGAGAGAAGUCAGAAGAGAGGAGCCUGUUGUCUACUGCUGCCUCUGAACACAAUGAAGUUUCCCUCCUAGAGGAAAGGACACGUGAGUUCUCGGACUCAGUACAGGGAAUGAUGGCUGAACAACAGCGAGAGUCAACCAUCAUGACUUAUGGCGUCGCAUCCAUGCUCGCUUAUUCAGACGUUAAAAAGCCUGACAGUGAAACAUCUGUCAGUGAGCAGAUACCUGAGAAAGUGAUCUCUUUCCAAAUGGGAAAAUUCAAAGAAAUCACCAAAGAGGAAGCUACACUUGGUCUCGCCGCGCAAACAAUUCAACCUCCGAAAGAGCAAUUUGAGCAAGAAAGUGUGUCGAUAAGCACCACUGGUACGAUUAGGAUACACGAAACCAUGAGAGCAUCUCAAGAACACGCUGCAACUCAGGCGGCUACCCUUAUCAGAAACGAGGAGCUAGCAGCGCUGCAUCACAUAGAGACCGUGAAAGAAGAAACUCUUCAUAGAGCUAGCGUGAAAGCUACUGAAGACCAUCAGGUCGCAAUAGCAGUAGACAAAAGCAAGCAAGAGCAAAAAGAGGGUAAACCCGUAGUUUUAGCAGAGACCACUAUACAGAAGGGCGCAUUGACCACAGAAGAAGCUCGAGAUGAAGCUGUAGCCACAAUGCUAACCGCCGUAGAUACGAAACUAGACACAGAAGCGACAUUCAGAAGCCAUGCGUUGGAGAUAGAACGAACGAUCAGAGAUGUAGUUGCGACCAGUGAUGCUGUCACAGAGGCGCUUUGCGAAUUAAGCCUAGCUCCUUCUGAUGACGCGACGCGAAUCGUCAGCGAUAGCAAGCGAGCGAGCGAUAGUCGACGUUUAGAAAUUAGCGAGCAAAAAGAAUUUGUAGAAUUAGCAUAUCCAACGCAAACGGCUGACGUUACAGGCCAGCAGAGCUACUUCCACCAGGAACGUCAGGAAAGUGUUCACCGUGAGUUCGGAAGCGAAGAAAGCACGCACGUUCUCUCACUCUCCAGAAUCGAAGCGCCAGCAGCUCAGAGGGAACAUGAUGAGGUGACAAAGAGGAUUUCCAGAACUCUUUCUGUUGAGAGGCGAUUACAGGCAACCACUGAGGACCUAGCGAGUAUCUCGAGCGACAUCACUGCUGAGGCAAGUGAAGCGCAUAUACAAAAAGAAGUAACCGAUUUCUAUAGGGCAAAAAGCGUUGGCUGCCUGAAGGCGGCCACUGAAGAAAAAACAGGAACCGACCGGCAUCUAUCACGAAGCGAACAUGAAUUGCGAACUCAACGCGAGUUCCGUACAUCUCGUGAUGAAAUGCUGUCAUCCCAAAAGUAUAAAGAAUUCAUUUCUGAAGUACAAGGCUUAACCACCCAGUGGGACAUCAUCGAAACUGACCAAGCGGCACUGAUCUGUUGGAAAGAUAGUGAUCAGCAGUCAUCACAACUUUUAACUAAGUCAAUCUCAGAGGUCGAUAUAGGAACGACACUCGAUUUGACAGUGCGAAGGCCAGCCCGGCACGGUGAGCUAGAGCUACCACUAGAAAUGACCGAUUCAACAGUGCGGCAAUUGAGCGUCGACGAAACGCAAACCAUCUUUAGUUUGCAACGAAGUGCAUCCCAACAUGUCGCGGAGCAUACUGCUGCAGAUUUGAUGAAAUGCGAAAAUCGACAGCGGUUUCAUGAGUACGGUGAGGACAGUGCUAGCACAUCUGCGGAGUUCGGAAAAAUUCGAGCAAAAACACAUUCACAAGAGGAUAUCACAAAGAGUCUACCAGAUGUAAGGAAAUUCGUCCAAGUGCACUCAACGAUGGCGUCGAAAGAUAUCGAAACUUCUACUGAAAACCUACUCAGAAGAGAAUCUCAGAUAGAAAGUAGCGUAACAUCUGUAGUUUCCUGUAAUCAGACGGAGCUACAACAGCGUCUUGCUGCCACAAAAGAAACGGCUCUGUCCUCUACCAUAAGGUUCCAACGACAGGACAGCACGGAAUGUGCAGGCAUUGUGGGUAAGGAACGUAUCUUGGUGCAAGGAUCAGGCCGUAUGCCAGAAGCCAAGGACGAAGUAACUUCAUCUCAGUACGAGACUCAUGUGGAUGAGAUGUCUGAGACAAAAACAUUCGCGGUUGAAAACCGAGCAAGCUCGAUGGCAAAUCUUCGUGGAGUUGAAGAAGUAGAUACACAGUCAUCAAUGAGUAUAGGUAGAGGUGAUACUGUGCAGAUCGCGCGUGCUAGUAUUCCUCUCAAAAGUAGUGAAAUGCAGGAAAGGAAAUUCCAGAUCGAAAUGACAAGAUCGGAGAAACAUCUUGAGCGUGUGAACGACGAGGAUAUAUCGGAAAGUAUCAACAAACAUUCACUAAAGGAGUUGACGUCCGCAAAACUACACGAGUACGGUGAUGAAAAGACGCAAAUUUGCACGCUAUUUGGCAAAAUCGUACAAAAGAAGUACGAGAGCGACGAAGCUGAAGGAUCUUUCCCAAUGCCACGGCGUUGGCUCGAGCGUUUCAGCUCAAAGGCUGCUGGCGACGAAAUGGCCAUCAUCACGCUAGCGCUACGACGAGCCGAGGAACAAGUAGGAGUGAGCAAGGUGGUUCGUGUCACUAAUGACCUUAAAAUAGAGUCCUGCUUGAAGGCGAGCACUUCGGAAGCCACUACAACAACGACUGCAUACUCCAAGUCCGGAUUCAAGGAAAGCGCUACUAUAAAACUUCGAGGCCGGUCAAAGGAGAGAGCCGAAAAGAAAUUGCACGAACAAGAAUGGAAUCUCCAAUCGACGGCUUCCGAGUGGCAGACUAUUCUGAACGAUUUGGAAGCGGAGGUGACGAAGGCCCAGGCGCUGCACGAAAGUUUCAGGUUCUCAACUAAAGCCGCGUCGAAAAUUGAUGCUACAAGUGUGCAGCAGAUUAGCAAAGACUACGCUGUGGCAGGCACAGCCCUAUCUAUGACUACCGCCUCUACUGAGAAGCAACUAAGAGCAUUUUCCAUUGAUCAUGAAGAUCGUACUCUCCAAAUCCACCACGUCGACCAAGAUUUUGCCGAGAUUGAACAACUUGUCGAUGAAAUCAACCGAGAAUCAGGUGUUUGCUCAUCUUUCCGAGAGUACGGACAUGCUGACAGCGGUAGUGGUAUCACUCUAGUGCGCAGAACUCUACCAAAGACCCGAGAGUCGUGCAGUCACGUCGUAAGCGUCUCUACAUCUCUUCAGCAACGCUUUGCCACCCAAGCAGCAGGUGAUGACCGUCACGAGGCGGUUGUCGAAUUGACUCUCCCAAGCUCUUCUCUGAAAACGGAAUUCUUUCCAAAGACCGACAGGAAGGAGUCGGCAAGUUUAUCAACAAAACACUCGACAGAUUUCACAGUUACUACCACGGCAAAUUAUAACAAGUGCACUGAUCGCACAUAUUCCACAAUGACCAAGCGGAAGCAUUUCAUCAGAGAGAAAAGUAGCGAGCGUCUUAGAGAAGCUGAAGAUGGAGCCGUCGAAAUUUUGUCCAAGUGGGAAGGAAUUGAACGCGAUCUCGAGGCUGAGGUAUAUUUACCGAAGAAGGUUGAGUUACAUCCAGCUUGGCCACUUUCCAGUCUUCUGAAGAAGUUCAAACCUUGA